AUGAGUGACAACAAUUUUGAGCAACGGUGUGCUAUCCGAUUUUGUUUCAAACUUGGACACAGUGCGACAGAAACUUUUCAAAAGCUCCAACAAGCAUAUGGAGAAAGUGUACUUUCAAGGGCUCAGGUUUUUAGGUGGUUUAAGGCAUUUUAUGAAGGCAGAGAGGCGAUUGAAGAUGAACCUCGCAAUGGAAGACCUUCAACUGCAAAAUCUGAUGAAAACGUCAUCAGAGUUCGAGAUCUUGUCCGAUUCGAUCGUCGGUUGACGGUCAGAAUGAUCGGAGAACAGUUAGGAUUGACUCACACCACAGUUCAUCACAUUUUGACCAAUGAUUUGGAGAUGAGAAAAAUUUGUGCAAAAAUGGUUCCGAAAAUCCUGUCGCAAGACCAAAAGAACUACAGGAGGGACAGGUGUCUCGAUUUUUUGGAACAGAUUGAAAAUGACCCUUCUUUCUUAGAACGCGUCAUUACUGGAAACGAGUCUUGGAUUUUCGAAUAUGCAUAA